AUGAGACCAAUCGAUAGCUUCCAAAUCCUUUUCUAUACCAUUCUCGCACUUGCACACCUCAGUCGAGCAAGUGUCCCUCUUCACAGCAAGUCAUUCGAGCAUGUCUCACAAGAAGAUGCGCCAAUUCAUGCGCGCAAGUCGCCAGACAUCGACGCAAUCUCUUUCCUCAGUUCCCGAUCGCAAGACGAAGACAGCAUCUUCAAUGAAGCCGUCAAGAUUAUAGACUCGAUGAAGUCUUCACCUUCAUGCAACAGACUUGCUGCAACUAAACUAGUGGACUCGUGUCAAACAUUUAGCGACGGGAAAGACGACGCGCAGACUGAUACCUCAGACACCCUCGACCUUCUUCGAUCUGUUUAUGCCGCACGCCUGGCGUUGUGUGAGAUCGACGGUGCUGGCACCCAAAUGCCUCCCUCAUGCCUUCCAAUCACUGUGUCUCCGCCUCCACAGAAGAAUCGAUUCGGCUUUCUGAGUCGGCACGGGAAAUCUGACCCUGUCUCGGAUGAACCCCGGAAAGAAUUAUUGGAGCAAUGCCUCAGGACGCUUGAGUCGCGACCCCAGUGGUGGACUUCUUACAGCAACAGUCGACAGAAUGCCCUUGUGAUCUGCCAUGCCUCGCGAAUGGAGACGGAAAAAGAGGAGCUUAUUGAGCUGCACCGAUCCAUUGCCAAGAGCAGUCUCAAGCUCAACAACGGGCUUCAAGAGGCUCUUCAAGAUGCAGCUGCACGGUCUGCGCAGCAGCAAGCGUUUAUACAAGCUGUGCAAUCUCUACAAGAGAAGAUUGUGGCCGAUAUGGAAGAGACAGGGUCUGUGUUCAAAGGAACAUUCGGCAAAUUUCUUCGAGAAAUGGAAGCUAGAAUACGGUCCCUCCAAGAUUCUAUAUCUGUGGCAUUGUCAAAUGUGCGGACUGGAACAGGGAUCCUUGAGAAGGAUAUCCGGAAUGCAUCAGCCCAGGUGGUAGAACUUCAAGAUGCUCUACAGAAUGCACACCAAGACGCAAUGUCUAGAAGCCAAGAGAUGUCGCAAGUGCAAGAAACCAAUGCCGUCGCUCAGAAAGAUCUCGCCUCAGAUAUGGACAGAGUGUACCGGGGCAUGCAGCAAUUCGAUGCUGCUAUGGAAUGGUUGACCAGUCGAAUGAACAUGAUUCUGGAACAAGAAACCAGGAUGGCAGAGCGACUUCAAAACAUGGAAAACUUUAUACAGCAAUCUGAAUUAAAAGCAAGCGAGCUGCAAAAGGCUCAGAACCAACAAACAGAGGCACUAUCGGCACAAUCGCGGGCCCAAGAGGCCAUUCAAUUCCACGCGCAAAUAUCACAGGCUUUGCUGGCCAAAACUAGCGUUGCCGCUGCCAAUUUGCAAUCUGUCAUCGACGAUGCAGCCUACAAGUCCAAACAUCUCCCGAGUUUUGGUAUCGGAGGAUCCUCCGCGUGGUCUCUCUGUGCUCUCCUACUUAUCGUUAUUGCGGCCCAGAACAUUAAGAUUGCAGUGGCAUUAUUUUUUCUUAUAUUAGGGCAUUCUAUUGCCAUUACUAUCUUCAAAUUUCUCUAG